AUGCGUCUCUCUGCUGCUAUUGUUGUGCUCGCUGCUGGGGCCAUCGCUAGAGCCCAACUAUCCAAUAUCCCACAAUGCUCUCUUACCUGUUUUACUACGGCUCUUAGCGGGGACGGCUGCUCUGAGCUUACAGAUUUCGCAUGCCAUUGCCAACAGCCUAGCCUCGUGGGGGAUAUUGUGCCCUGCGUUAAUAAAGCCUGUGGUGUCGCGGACCGACAAGCUGUAUCCAGCGUCGUUGAUAACCUGUGUUCCGGUGUUGGCCAUCCGAUCUCUAUCCCCCCGAUGGACACAUCGGUUCCCUCAACGACUGCCGUGGGAGGUAUCGUAACCACAACGAAGAGCUCCAAUGCUACUACAGUCAGUGGUAUUGAGCCAAGCUACCAUCCUACCUCAGUCAGUGGCAUCGGACCAGGCCCCGAGGCCCCGUCAACCGUCAGUAGCAUCGAGUCCACCUCCACAGCUUCGUCCACGGGCGGUGGUUCCGGAUCAGGGCCUACGACUUUGCCCGUGGGCGGUGGCUCCGGGUCAGGCCUUACGACUUCGUCUCCGGCGAGCGCGGCUCCGCCUGAGAGCAGCCCCCAGUUCAACGGUGCGUCUGCCGUUGCGCCCCGAGCUGCGCAGAUGGUCGGUAGUGCUAUCCUGCUAGCCAGCAUGGUCUUCUUUGUUUGA